UUGGUUCCCUCCUCCUCCCCUCAAUUUUGCUGUCAUCCCUUGUUCCCAAAAAGAUCUCAUUUUUAUCGCUCCGAUGACGUUACCCUCCUCGUCCGCCUCCUCCACCGCGGCCACCCCAACCACCGACUCAGGCGGAGCCUCUUCCCCUUUCGCGCUCCUCUCCGACGACAUCGUCCUCAACAUCCUCGCCAAGCUCGAGGUCGAUCCCCGCGACUGGGCCCGCCUCGCCUGCGUCUCUGCCCGCCUCUCCUACCUCGUUCGCAACGUCUGCUACCGCUCCCGCUGCUCCCGUUCUCUCCCCUCCGAUCUCCUCCCCUCCGCCGCUUGGCCGUCCCUGCACAAGAUCUCCGUCUGCUGUCCCGGUCUCCUCCGCGCCGGCAUCCUCCUCGAGCACUCUGACUUCGGCCUCGAGCGUGACAUCGGACCCCAUAUCUUCGUCCCCCCCCUCUCCUCCUCAUCCUCCUCCUCCUCGUCUUCCACCUCCAGCGAUCCCCCAAACCCCCUCCCUCUGAUCCCUUCCGAGGCCGCCGAUUCUUGUUGGUCCCUCUUUGAUGACCUCUACUUCGACACCGUCUACGAUCAUUCCGAGUCCCAAGAUGCCACCUUGACGCCGAUCGAUCCGUCUCCGGGUGAACCUCCCGUCAGAGUCGGCUCGGUUGCUCCCAAGAAGAGGAAGAAGCAGAGGGUUGGGCCGGUAGGCUCCCAUUUGGCUUCUGGGCCUUGGUCUCUUAGCCGUGAGCAGGGGAACAAGCUGCUCGCCAGCCGUUUUAGGGGUGAUUGUCUCUACAUAUGUGACUGGCCUGGAUGCAUUCACGCGGAGGAGAAGCGGAAAUACAUGCUAUUUAGAGGGGUUUUCAAGAACUUUAAGCGAUCAAGAGUGUGGAAGACGAUAAGCGACUCGAACAGGGGCAAGAUUGCGUUGGACUGUGCAUUCUGUGCUUGCAGGGAGACCUGGGAUCUUCACUCCGCAUUUUGCUUGAGGAGGGUCUUUGGGUUUCAUGAUGACGGGGAGCCAGUUGUCCGGGCAUAUGUUUGCGAGAAUGGGCAUGUCUCAGGGGCAUGGACUGAGAGGCCAUUGUAUGCUUAAAGAUGGAAUUCUUUUGAGUUCAAAAACGGAAUCUUGCUAUGGGAUAACAGAGGCAGUACCGAUACAGUAAAAUAUGCUAGGUUUGGAGGAACAUGUGCUAGUUUACAAUGUGCAGGGAUCAUAUUUCAACAAAUUAUCUGGAUCCAAAUUUUGAUGGUUCUUAAAGACUUCCCACCCAGUUGUACUGCAAAUCCAGUGUUCUAUAUUGCAGUUUCAAUUAGGAGGGCUUCUGUAUUUCGUUGAUAGAUUUUCUGGGGGAACACCUACAUAGCAAUUCUAACUCGAAACAAUUUUGUUAUGAACAGCAUUCAAUGUGACAAGUUCCACCCAUGCAUCUA